CCGGGUUCACCGACGAUGGAGAGCCUGACGCUGAGUGAUGUGGAGCAGAAAUACUACUCGGACCUGUUCGUUUACUGCGACACGGACAACACCAAGAAAGUGGCUUCUAACGGCAGAGUUCUGGACCUGUUCCGGGCGGCCCAGUUACCCAGUGAAGUUGUCCUGCAGAUCACAGAGUUGUGUGGAGCCACUCGGCUGGGUCAUUUCGGGCGGAGUCAGUUCUACAUCGCCCUAAAGCUCAUCGCCAUCGCCCAGUCUGGACUCCCUCUGAGGGUGGAGAGCCUCAAUUCAGUCAAGGACCUGCCGCUGCCCAGGUUUGUGGUGGGAAAGAACGAGGCAGAAGCCAGACACGCAGCUCUGUACCAGGAUGCAGAGAGCCAGGGCCUGUAUCCAGCCUCCGGUACCGCCGUAAUCCCCAGACCUCCGGGUAGGGGUCACCAGAACAAGAAAGGUCCCCCCCCCUCCACUUCACAUCCGGCCCACGAGGUCAUCCAGCCCCUGGCGCCCAGCGUAGAACCUCAGCCUGAGCCCACGUCCCCGGUCAUCUCGCCCCACCAGUCCCCUCCCACCUCCCCUCACUCCUGGAGGAAACACAAGCGGCAGCACAGCGGAGGAAACGCUGAGAGGCAGCCGGCGGUGGCUGCGACCGGAGCCGUGUGGACGCAGUUCAGAGAAGCACAAGCAGGUCCAGUGACAGGUGAUGGCAUAUGGCCGUCCCAUUCGUCGUCGCCGCCGCCGCUCCCGAGUCAGGAGAGCUGGGUCAGUUUCACAGCGGACACGCCGCCGUCCAGCACGCUCCCAGCAGUUCACCCAUCACUGGUGCAGGAAAGCUCAACGAUACGAACCGUGGCCUCGGCCGCUCUGACCAACGAGCUCCAGCGACAGUCCAGCAGCUACGACGACCCCUGGAAGAUCACAGAUGAGCAGCGGCAGUAUUACAUCAACCAGUUCAAAACCAUCCAGCCGGACCUCACGGGCUUCAUACCUGGUUCAGCAGCUAAAGAGUUCUUCACUAAAUCAAAGCUGCCCAUUUUAGAGUUGUCACAUAUCUGGGAGCUGUCAGACUUCGAUAAGGACGGAGCUCUGACCCUGGACGAGUUCUGCGCCGCCUUCCACCUGGUCGUGGCCAGAAAGAACGGCUACGACCUCCCGGAGAAGCUGCCGGAGAGCCUCAUGCCCAAGCUGAUCGACCUGGACGAUUCAGCAGAAGUCCCAGAGCCGAGCGCUGACGUGGGCUACUCGGCGUCUCCGGUGGAGGUCCCCCCCAGCAAGUCUCCCUCCAUGCCUUCGCUCAACCAGGCGUGGCCCGAGAUGAACCAGAGCAACGAGCAGUGGGAGACGUUUAGCGAGCGCUCCUCCAGCUCACAAACUCUGACCCAAUUUGACUCUAACAUUGCACCAGCUGACCCUGACACGGCCAUCGUUCAUCCAGUGCCCAUUCGGAUGACCCCCAGUAAGAUCCACAUGCAGGAGAUGGAGUUGAAGAGGACGGCCAGCGACCACACGCACCCCACCAGUCCUCUGCUGGCAAAACCUCCGGAGCUGUCUGAAGAAGCCAAACUCACCGCUUCCAUGAAGUUUGUAGCUGCCAACACUGUGGGUGAUGGUUACAGCAGUUCAGACUCCUUCACCUCAGACCAAGAACCCACCAGCAGACAGAGGUCUCAGUCAGGUGCGUCUCCAGAAGCCCUGAAGGUGGUAGCUCCGCCUCCUCCUCCUCCCCGCCCCCAGCCCUCCCACUCUCGUUCUUCUUCUCUGGACAUGAACCGCAGCUUUGCUGCCACGUCUACGCCAGGACAAGCCCAACCCUCCUCCACCGCCUUCCCUCCCGCGGUGCCCCCUCGCCCGCUGCCCACACAGACAUCCGUACCGCUCGCAGGGCACCGUGCGGAGGCUGAGGGUGUUCCUGGGGGCGGAGCUACGCUCACCGCCACCACCUCCCCCCAGCAGAUUCCUCAGCAGCCCAACUUCGCAGACUUCAGCCAGUUUCAGGCCUUGGCUGCCUCUGAGCAGCCCUCCAGCCUGCCUGAGGUGGACAAGCACARGGAGGCGGGACAGGGGGACAAGAUGUCGGAGGGCGCCGGCCCUUUAAGAACCGUAAAGAGUGACGGUCCAGCAGACGAGAGAAGCUCUGCUUCAGUCAACUCUGCCAAGGGCUCGUCAGGACCGCUGGCUCCUCCCCCUAAACCCGUUCGUCGGAGGUUAAAGUCUGAAGACGAGCUUCGGCCCGAAGACGAACCACACGGGCUGCAGAAAUCCAGCCUCAUCGCCGCCCCCCUGACCACACAGCCCUCCAUCCCCAGAUCUGUUGGAAAAGACAAAAAGGCGAUUCAAGCUUCAAUCAGAAGGAACAAGGAGACCAACACGGUGUUGGCACGCCUCAACAGUGAACUACAACAACAGCUGAAGGACAUGCUUGAAGAGAGAAUAUCUCUGGAAGUCCAGCUGGAGCAGCUCAGACCUUUCUCCCAUCUUUAACGUGUGGCGCCCGGCGAGGUGAGGGGAGGCCUCCAUCCCUCCUUUCCUCUGCUCCUCCUCCUCUCCUCCCUCCUUCAUCAUGAUUUCAGACAGAGCUGAUGUCCCAGUCUGACCAGUGACUGGAGGAGACUUUAUCCACCACAACUGGUCAGUUUGUGUUGAAGGACGACAGUUCAUCAGCAGAGCUUUGGGUCCACUGUUCAGACGACGCAGCUGAGUGUAACUGUGUUUGUGUGUCUGUGUGUGUCCUCGUGUUCCUGGUUAGCCUAGCACCAGUAUGUUCAGCUCCGCCACACCAAACCUUAGUUUAUUCUAAAUAAAAGGAUCAAAUUAAAAGGACAGUUUGGAUUUUCUGUUUUUCUUUAGCUGGUGUUUUGUGGAGUUUUCUGUAAAUCUUCACCCUGCAGCAGAAAUGAACCUGUUAGUGUCGUCUUAUGAUCAGUUAAUGUCAGAAACACAACUUUUAAAACCUUUACAUCGCUGACAGUUUUCUGUUAGACCCUCUUAUAUAAAAGUCUUUGGUUUUUCACCGUGAAGAUGAAAUCAGCUGUGAUUUAAUGCUGAUGAUCUGCUGAAACAUGAUUUUGUUGGUAAUUAUUAAAAAAACAGGAGUGAGCUAAACGUUCUCAGAAACUUUGAGGGAUUGUCAAACAUUUUGACAAACUCUUGUCUGACUUUUUAUUUUGUUGUUUGUUAUUCUGCCAGCCAGUUAGGGUUGAAAAUAUGAUGAACGGUGGAGUCAGAACCUCUUCUGUCAUCCAGCCUGUUCAUCCCAUCAGCACGGGGUUGCAUUUCUCCUUGCGUCCACUUCCUGACAGGUAAAAACAUAUGUUUAAUCGAAGCUUUGGUCAGAGGAACAUGGAGCUGCUGGGACUUUAACAUGUGUUGCAAAACAGAUAAAAUGUUAAUGACUUCAGGCACGUGCUCAUUUGUUGCUCGUUAGCAUGUUAGCAUGCUUAUUUUCUUCUACAUGUUCUGUUCUGUAGGUUUAAAUUGAUUUUAGCUGUUAAAACAGCUGAGCUGGUCUUCACUGAAAGAAACCAAAAACAUUUACAUAAAAUAUUGUCUAACUAAAACAAUAUGAUGCUGGUGUAAACAGAUUCCUGUAAAAGUUAGCUCGAACUUUAGCUGCUGUAAGACCGUAGAAUCAGCUCUGACCAGCAGUUAGCUCGUCUCCUGGUAUUUCAAACUGAUUCUGCAGCAGGUGAGAUACUGACUACUCAUAACGACUUCGCAGAACACCGCUUCAUUUAAUCCAAACUGUCUCUAUUUUUCUAUAAUUGUGUCCAUGUUGAGUAAGAAUUGGUUUCAAAUGCCUUGAUUGCAACAAGAAAUGCUUAGCUUAGCUUAGCUUAGCUUAGCGUUACGUCUGCUAUCUGAACAGGUUUGUCUGAACUAAAAAGAAAUAAAUUCUGUUGAAAAUGUACUUUUAGAUGAAAUAAAUGACAAACCUUGUAAAAAGAA